AUGGACAGCAGUAAACAUGGCGCUAUUCAAGGAUUACCUCGAGAAUCGUUUUACCUCGCUACUAAGGUUGGAAGGAACCACCAAUGUCAAUUUGAUUAUUCGCCAAGAGGAGUGAGAGAAAGUUUUGAAACAAGUUUACGAAAUUUGCGAGUGGAAAGUGUUGAUUUGGUAACCAUUCAUGAUGUCGAAUUUACCGAUAAUUUGGAAUCUAUCGUGAAAGAUGUCAUUCCAGUACUUGAGCAAUAUCGCAGAGAAGGAAAACUUCGUUACAUUGGUUGUUCAGGUUAUCCCCUGGAACCACUAGUUAAUUUAACUGAACUAGCAAAAGGUCGAUUGGAUACUUGUCUCUCUUAUGCUCGAAUGACUCUUUUCAACACUGAUUUGAUGUCUUCUCCAUUAAUCAACAAUUCUUCAAUUGGAUUGAUCAAUGCAUCACCCCUUGGAUGUGGCCUUUUGACACCUGAUGUCCUUUCAGAUCCUCCAGUUCCAUAUUGGCAUCCAGCUUCCCCUGAUCUGGUAGCAGCAUGUCAAAAGGCUGCUCAGCUUUGUUUGAAAGAGGGAGUCAAUCUGGCUAAAAUUGCAACAAACUUUUCUUUAACGAAAUGUCCUAAGGCUGCUCUUCAUUUGAUUGGCAUGAUUUCGCCCGCUCAACUUGAAAACAAUCUGUCAGUUCUGAAAGGUGGCUUAACUGAUCAAGAAUCGAGAAUACAAACUGAAAUCAGCCAAAUGUUCAAAGGUGUAAAAACACACUGGGAAGGAGUUGAAAUAACGAAAUAUCGCCAGGAUCCCAAAAAAUUUGCUGAUAACUUGCUUUACGGGCCCCAAGAAUAAGCCAAUUUAUUCAUUAUCCAAAUGGAAACAAUUCAAUAAUGUAGUAAUUCAGUAACUAAACAUUUUUAAUGUUCAAUUUUGUAUUCAAGAUAACAUGUUUCAUGCAUAGAAUGAAUCAAUAAACUCGAAAGUUAUAAUUGCAACGUA